GCCGUCUCCGAUCCAAAUUCCCCGCGCCGUCCGGCUUCAGAUCGAUCGAUCGCUGCGGUCGCCGCCAUCUCGUUCAUCGCCGAGCUUCAGCAGCAGCAGCUCGGGUACGCGGGAUGGGGAAAAGGAGGAAGAAGGAGGAGGAGGAGGAGCAGCAGGCGAUAGAGGGCCUCCCCAACGACCUCCUUCGAGAGAUCCUGUCGCGGGUGCCGUACCAGUCUCUGUGCCGCUCAAAGUGCGUGUCGACGGCGUGGCUCACACUGUGUUCCGAUCCCGCCGUCCGUAGGAGAUCGCCGCAGACGCUCUCCGGUUUCUUUGGCCUCUCCCACAGCGGCAGCAACCGUUUCGUCAACCUUUCCGGGAGAGGUCGGCCGCUGGUCGACCCUUCUCUCCCUUUCCUGAAUGGCUUCGAGAGCGUCAAGCUCUUAAACUGCUGCGGCGGCAUCCUUCUCUGCCACGGCAUGCGAGCGGACGGUGCACAAUACAUUGUGUGCAACCCUGCGACCGAGGAGAUCUGGGCCGUGCUGCCUGUGCCUGAUACCCAUGAGAUACCACGUCCUUGGGGUUACAGCACCAUCUGCUUGUGUUUUGAACCUAUCGUCCCCUCUCGCUUUGCGGUGUUUGCCAUCAUUGAUAAUGGUCACGACAUUACCAUUAUGGAGGUCUACUCAUCGGAUACCGGAGAAUGGACUUCCAUGUCGAGCCGAUGGGGUCACAAAAUUGUGUUGUAUUGCUUGGAACCAAAAUACUUUUUCUUAAAUAGCACUCUGCAUUCCAGUGCCUAUGAUUCUUGUGUGGAGACAUUUGACUCGGAGGGAAAUUCAAUAAACAUGAUAGUUGCAGUGGACACAAGCGGGGAUACUUGGAGGACAACUCGACAGCCAACCAAAGCUAAACUUAAUUUCUUUGGGCACUCUCAAGGACGAUUACAUGGAAUGGAUAUAGACAAUCGUAAUGGUUGCCGGAUAUCAGUUUGGGUUCUCGAGGACUAUGCUAGUGGACAGUGGACCUUAAAGCACACGACUAGUGUGCAGGAGCUGCUAGGAAGGCCUUGUCUAGAGAAUGAAGAGUACUACGUCAUUGUUGCACUCCAUCCAGAACGUAACCUGAUUUUUCUUAGUGGUGGGAUGGAACCGGAACAGACACUUAUGUCGUAUGAUAUGGAUACCCAGAAGUUGCAUGUUAUCUGCAGUGUUGAAGAUUAUGAGAUACUAAAUUUUCGACCUUACAUUCCUUGCUUUAUGGAAUGGCGGCCGUCAAAUGCUCCCUGAAGUUCAGAGCAGCUUCACAUUUGGUUAGUUGGCAUGAAAAUCGGUUGUUUGCUAUGUUCCAGAUCUUCUUGUUUUGGGCAGUGGCUUGAACAAGUCAUACAUCUACUCGAGUUUGGUUUUCUUAUCAGUUGCGUCCAGGAUCAUUUGUUUUUGUGGCUUUAAACAUUGUUUUGUUGGCAAGUCCGUGAGAACUUUUGCAAGCUACCCUUCAAUAGGUUGUGUCUAGCUAGUAAAAUGAACGAG